UUUACAUUUCGCGCGACAGUUGGUUUCCAAAACAUCAGCAAACCACCACGAAGCUCACUUCCCCACCACAACUUUGAUAAUAGGCAAACGAAGGUUGCAAAUCCGUUGGUUCGACUGUAUAAUAGAGAUGAAUGUCUGUAGAGAAGUUUCUUAUAUGUCUAUGGUCUGAUCUAAGUAACUUCACGUGCAGUUAGAAUGCAGUUAAGUACAGCAUCUUCACGGAAAAAACACGUAAACGUUACCUUGAAUCAAAAUGUACUCUAGUUCUAACUCUAAGCUUUACGGUUAAUGUUAGAUGUAUUGAUAAGGGCUGUGGAGAUUCGGGUUUACCUACUAACUCUUGAUAGUUCGCUUUGGGCUAACGUUAGCUGUCAGUAAAGGUAUUGUCUUUAGGCUACAGUCACACAUGGAUGUGAAUAAUGCACGCUUCUAAACCAGGUACCCAAAGCAUUAACAGGCCUACCUGUCCCAAUCGGAGUAACCAGCCACGCAAUACAUCGCGUAAAUUUAAGUAUAGGGUUGGAUACUCUUGGAAUAGAGGAGGAAGACUGAAGGAACUGCGAAUAAGACAUCUGGCAAGGAAAUUCUUCUUUAUAUGGAUGCGAAAGACUUUCGGAAGAGUAUCUCCAUCUAAAGCCAGAUCUCAUUACCGGAGAGUGGUCCUUGGCAGGGCCUUGGAGCAAUGGAGGGAUGUUUGGUGGUACAGCAGAAAAGAGUGGAGCCUUGCGAUACGAGCAGACUGUCAUUACAGAUAUUAUCUGUUCCACAAAGUGUUCCCAGCAUGGAGAAGCUUUACCUUCUUGCAGAGAGAGAAGAAAACAAAAUGGCAAAUAGCUACAAACUUUGCUCACAAACAUAGGCUGCGUCUUGUGUGGGACUGCUGGGAGAUGUACAUAGAGAAGCGUCGCAUGACGCAGCAGAUGCAGCAGACCGCUUUGCAGCACAGUAAUAUCUCUUGUGUGAGGCGGAUGUGGGCAGCUUGGAGAUGUGCUCUUCAACGCCGAUAUUCUGAGCAGCAGCAGGAGGAGGAGGCUCUUCAACACUGGGCCUACUCUCUACAGAGCAGAGUGUGGCUGCAGUGGAGAGAGCGGGGCCUCCAGGCCCAGGUGUGGAGGGAGCAGGAGGCCAGAGCUCGGCUGCAUGCCUGUAGGAGUCUGUGCAGGAAAGCCAUCAGCCGCUGGCAAAUGUACACCCAGCACUGCCAAGCCACAAGGCAGCCUAAGGCUGAAGCUGACGGUGCAUGGCACCGUACUUUGGCCCGGCGCUACUGGAGUAGGUGGCUCCGAGAGUGGCAAAGCAAGCGGAGUGAGAGGGAGCUGCAGCUGGCACUCAAACAGCGGGUACAGCUUGGCAUCCAGCGCUGGGCUCUUGGGCAGUGGAGACAUUGCAUCAGAAUUCAAGCAGAGGAAGCUGAGAGGUGGAAGUCUGCUACUCAACAUCACCAGCACCAUCUUCUGAGAGGUGCCAUGAGAGGACUGUCCAUGAAUGUUUCACAGUGUAAAACCUACCGCCUCAACAAUCACUUGGCCCUCCAGCACCACAAUCAGACUGUUAUAUGUAGGUCAUGGAGACUGUGGCAGCAACGUGUCGAACAGUUGGAGGACAGCCAGCUACAACCUCAGAUUGACAUAGCCCAUCAUUACCACAGCAUCAUCGUACUAAGGCAACACUUGAAUCUCUGGAGAGAACGCCUCAAGGAAUGCUUGAAUAGAAAGGCUCUGGAUCAGCAUGCUGAUGCAUGGUUUGCCAAGCGUAUCCUUCCUCAUUGCUUUAGAGCCUGGGUAGAGUUCACCGUGCACAGGAGGACAUAUACAGAGAGAAGAAAGGAAGCCCAGCUAUUUGACCAUUCUGUGGUUUACUCAUGCAGGCAGCGUGUUUGCUCAUGGGCAUUCUACACAUGGUGGACUCAUUCGGAGGAGCAGAAGGAGAACAGACUAGCAGAAAGAACGGCGGUGCUGCAUGAAGAGCACACGUGUGUGAGGCGUGGGUGGCAGCGGUGGCGUGAAGCUGCUGGCACGCAGGCACAGGAGCGGGUGAGAUGCACAGCUGCUGACCGGUUGCACAGUCACACUCUGCUGCGGAGCACCAUCGGCCUGUGGAGGGCCAGGAGCCAGCACAUCCGGACCAGUCUACAACAAGAAGAGCUUGCUAGUCGUCAUGGUGACCUUCAUCUUGUCUGGCGAGCCUGGAACUGCUGGCGUAAGUUUGUGGAAAGGAGAAGGGAGAAGAAUCAGAACCUGGGGCAGAUUGAGCAGCAUCACAACCACGGGGUCCUUGCUAAGUCACUACAGGCCUGGAAGGAUCACCACCUUCAGACUCAGCAGGUGUACAGUCGUGCUGAGGAGUCCUUUAGGUGCCAACAGACACAACAGCUAAGAAGAUGUUUGCUUCUCUGGAGGAGAAACGCUGCCCUGCUGGCUGAGGAGAGAAGUAUGGAGGGGAAAGCAGUGCUUCACCACCGACGCCACCUCAUGGCAAAAGUGUUGUUGGCAUGGCGACAUGUCACUGCUGAGAGGAAUGCACGUCACAUGCAUUUUGGAAUGGUGCUGACAGAGGCCCAAACUGCACUGAACAAAGGGCGCUUGCGAGUGGCCCUGCUGCGAUGGAGAGAGCGAAGCAGGGAGGUGAGGCUGGAGAGGGCCAGCAUGGAGAAGGCCGGCUACCUCCACGGCCAAACGCUGCUCUGGAAAUGCCUCCGCUCAUGGAGCUUACUGCACCAACAGCAGAAUCUGCAUCAGGUUGUGUUUGUGAUGAAAGAGAAGGGCAUCUGGGUGUUGAGGCAGAGGACCAAUCGUGUUUUCUUCACCCGCUGGAAAAACGCGCUGGAGAACAGCCGGAGAGAGGCGGAAUUGACAGAGAAGGCUCUCUGGCACUGGUCCUUGAACUUGCAGGCCAAGGUGCUGGAUGCCUGGCGGGAGUGGGCAUCAGACAGACAGAGGAAGCAGCAGCGUCUGGCUGCAGCCUCUAAAGUCUACCGGGGGGUCCUGCUGAAGGAAGGCAUCACUCACAUCCUCACCUACGCAGAGCACAUGGACCGCUUCUCCGCCAGCCUCGCACAGCAAAGCCAGGAGCAGAGUUGCCGUCGUGUCCAGGCUGUGGUGAGGAGAUGUGCCCUUCGCUGGAAGCAGCGGGCACUCUCCGGCCAAGAGCAGACGGACGUCGAUAAACCAACGAAGCCUAAGAAGAGUGUGAGCUUCAGCCUCCCAGGGUUGGGGUCUAUUGAAGCUAGCAGGUCCUCUGCCCAAAGUGCUGUCCAGACCCCAACCUGUAUGGGUGUCCAGAGGGUCACUGCAACGCCAAUGCACCAGCCUAGGAACUUCACCCACAUUGAGAGGGGGCUGGGAGAUUCAGUCACCGAACAGCUUUUGUUUUUAAGAUCCUCCAGGAUUCCACCACGGACACCAAGCUUUCUUCUUGAUCUGCAUGGAGAAGAGCAGAAAAGCCAUCCACAGGACGGUAAUCAGAGGCCCCUCUGUUCUGCUGAGCCAACUUCACUUCGCCAGGCUGAUGAAGAUCAGGACCCUACACCCUCAGCACUAGUCCUCCACGCUCAUGUGCGAACCAUGCCAACCCCUGUGCCAACAAUGUCCAGCGUUGCUCAUGUUGUUCCAGGCUCUGCGCCCUUGACUCUUGACGGUGUCCCGGUCGGGGCCAACUCUGUCCCUAUUCCACACUGCACCCUGCCAGUCCCUGUGAGGUCUUCCUCGGGCGUCUCCUUGUCCUACCUCCCUCUGCCUGCGACUCCUGUGGCCAGCGCCUUCCAGGAAUCAGCUGCUCAGCCAACACCAGAUGCCAGCAGUGACGUGCUGCUGCCUCCAUCUAUGUUUAUGGCUCCCCACACACAGGCCAUGGACUUCAGGCUGAGACUGAGGGAGCCUCACAUGCACUUAAACAAACAGCCAUCUCCUCCAGGUGUGUGUCAGGAUACGUCCAAGCAGGAGGAUGAAGAUGACCAGCAGCGGAGGAGAGAGGAGAAGGCUCUCCAGACAGCGGCCCUAACACGAGAGCUCAUCAGCAUCCAGCUGGACAUGCAGCGCUACCAGCGCGACAGAAAGCAGCUCCAGGCUUGGCGGAAGCAGGAGCAGGUGCUCAGGAGCUGGUUGGAGACAACAGGAAGUGAAGUGGAGGCUUCAGAGACUUUCAGUGUCCAGCAAGAGCUGAAAGAGCUGGAGGUGAACAUAGAGAAUGUGUCUGACCAUCUGGCCAAGCAGAAACCAGCCAUGGUACGCCAUGCAGCCCGCAUCCAAAGCAUCGAGGGCCUCCUCAAGCGUGUCACCCCGGAAACAUGACUUUGACUUGGUACCCUGAAGCAGGCUGACCUGUGACCUCACCUGUCCUGCUGUGACAACUGGAACUGGGACUAAAUGACAGCUGUUGAAAAUAAACUUUUAACCUAGAGGGAAAAUGAUUGGCUAUGAAAGCAUUCUGUGGGAACAAACACUCGUUAAAUUAUCAUGAAAAUUAACAAAAAAUAACAUGGAAGUGCCUUAGUUUUAUAUAUUUGUUUUGAUACUUCUACUUGUUUAUGUAAGUCAUUGUGUCAGUGCAACGUGCAAAAAUAAAAUGUCCAAGCAAUAUCACAAUGGAAUUGAUUGGUGUCGAUAGGCAUUUUUACUUGCUCCAUAGCAUAUUCUUGCUCUGCUUAUGACUUCACGUGUUAUAUCUGCGUCCUAGUUUAGGUCUUUUUUUAGGUAAUCUUGAAUUCACUGGCAAGUGUUUGGACGACAAUAGUCCGCGUGACAGAAUCGGUUUAAUGCUUUCCAGAUGCGCCCAUUGCCCCAAUCUGAAAACCUGAGCCACAAGUGAAUGAAGCAGGGCAUACACUUGAGCGAGACCUUAUUCUUCACUGAAGAGAUCUAAAUUUGAUCACGGCCAUCUGUCGUGGAUCCAGGAUAUGGUUAGGUGCCCAAGUUUACCUCCAGUCUCCAUGGGACUCCAUAUAUCUUGCAAGCGAUAAACUGCGAACGCAUUCAGUACUACUUUCCUGCGAACUCCAUCAUGAAAGCUGCGUGUGUUAUUGUAAUCAUUGUCAUAUGCGCCUCUCAGACCUCGGGUGAGUGAGAAGCCUUGUAUUCAUUCUGUAAUGCUGUAGUGUGAUUUUUAAUUUUUUUGCUACGUUUCGUAAUUGUUUAUAAAAUGUUUAUGCUACAAAUCGUAACUUCUGCAUAACGUUACAUGGUUUGAAAUAAUCGAAUAAAAACCUGUUUAAGAUC